AUGUGUUGGCAAGGGAGACGCAGCGGUUCAUUCAUCGCCUCCUUCCACACAGAGAGACAGAGACGGAGAGUUUGAGCACGAAGGUUAUCUUGCAUGAGGGAGGAACAGCUUCGGACCACGACAGAGCCGCGAGAAGAGCUGCGAAGCAAAGAAGCGGAGAGAGGAGCUUAUUCUUCUGCAGAACAUCACAGGGUAGGAGAGGUGAAGCACCAUGGGGAAACACAACAGCAAGCUGGCUCCCGAGGUUCUGGAGGACCUGACCAAGAGCACGGAAUUCAACGAGGCGGAGCUCAAGCAGUGGUACAAAGGCUUCCUCAAGGACUGUCCCUCUGGCAUCCUCAACCUGGACGAGUUUCAGCAGCUCUACGUGAAGUUCUUUCCCUACGGAGACGCAUCAAAGUUCGCCCAGCACGCAUUUCGGACAUUUGACAAGAACGGCGACGGCACGAUCGACUUCAGGGAGUUCAUCUGCGCCUUGUCCAUCACCUCCAGGGGCAGCUUCGAGCAGAAGCUCAACUGGGCCUUCAACAUGUACGACCUGGACGGGGACGGGAAGAUCACCCGCGUGGAGAUGCUGGAGAUCAUCGAGGCCAUCUACAAGAUGGUGGGCACCGUGAUCAUGAUGCGCAUGAACGAGGACGGGCUGACGCCCCAGCAGCGUGUGGACAAGAUCUUCUCCAAGAUGGACAAGGACCACAACGACGAGAUCUCCCUGGAGGAGUUCAAAGAGGCCGCCAAGUCCGACCCCUCCAUCGUCCUACUGCUGCAGUGUGACAUGCAGAAGUAGAGAGAGAGAGAGAGAUGGAGAAACAGAGAGGGAGGGGGGUGGGAGGGGGGUGAAACUAGAGGAGGAAGGAGGAUUAGAGAACAGAAGGGCUCUGGAGGAAAGGGAGGAUUGCAGUUUGGGGAGGAGGAGUAGGAGGAGGGAAGCUUUAUUUCUACACACACACACACACACACACAUAUAUAUGUAUAAAUAUAUACAUAUAUGGAUCUCCUUAAUUCCAAAUGAUCUUAAAAGGAUUUAAGAGUUAGAGAUCUCAAUAAUUAAAAAACAUUUUCUUUUCGAAAAUGUGCUUGUUAGCUUUCUUUGUGUCAUCUGCCAAAUGCUAAGCUGCAGCAAAGAGAGGGUUAGCCUAUAGCUUGGCUUAGCAUGAAGGGUGCAAAACGGACCCGAAAGCCCAACGGGGCCCCCGCUCAGAGGUAAAUAAACGUGCUCGUGUAACGGCAACGUGCCGUUUUUUUACACUUUGGAUUUUACUUUCGACCUCCGCUUCAAACGCUCGUCGCGAAGGCAAAUGAACACAUUUCACAAAAAUGUUGAGCGAAGUGUAAUUUCUGGCACCCCGAAGCCAAUUUGGAAAAACACAGCGGGUGUUUUGGAAGCAGUGCACCAUGGGAUGGUUUAAAAAAAGGAAUGGCAUUAAAGAAGCUGCUUGUUCCAGGUGGAGUCACAAAUGAUAUGUAGAUAGAGAAAGGAUUAUGUGAAGGAACAUCACCGCAGGCUGUGCGCGUGCGUGUCCACGAGUUUGUGAGCAUGUGAGAAUGUGUGUGUGUGUGUGUGUGUGUGUGUGUGUGUGUGUGUGUGUGUGUGUGUGUCUAAGUCUAAGAAGCUGAUAAAAUAUGUUAAAUGGCUUCACGGUAUCACACAGGCAACCUGCAUGAACAACAACUGAAAUUAGAACUCUUUCCAUCACCUAAUUAAGUUAAUCAGCUGUUUAGAUCACAGUUUAUUAAUUAAAAGCAGAUGGAAAUUACUUUUGCUGAUGACUUUAUUCAAAUAUUGUAUUAGGCACGAGACCUGUAAGGAGUUAUUACAUUGCUACAUUAUUACUUUGGUAAACAUGCAUUAGAAACAUUUUAAUUGUGUUUUCUAUUGGGCAACAAAACUGAACUAUGUCAACUCGGACAUAACCAGAAAUAAAAACAAAUACCUAUACAAUAGGGUUUUAACCUGAUGCUGCUUCUUUAAGACCAUUUGAUUUGACUUUCCUCAUAUGAAUAUAUAUAUAUAUAGAUUCAUUAUUGUUUCACAUGAAAGGAGGUGAGCGGCGCUCCUCUUCCUCUCUGUCCUGCUUUUUCUGUGUCUUUUUCCUCUCUAAAUGUCAGGGAGGAAGCGCUUUGAUAAUCGGUGGUUUGAGGAGAACUUUGCUGAACUCCGCUCACGUGUAAAAAUCAAUUUGGAAAAAACAAGAGCAAAAGGUUGCAGAGGAAGCCUGGGUGCCCUGCUGUGUCUGUGUGAGUCUGUGUGUGUGUGUGUGUGUGUGUUUGUGUGUCCACGGAUCACCUGCUUGUGAAUGUAUAUUAUGGCAGGCAACUCAUUUUAGCUGUACAUCAAAACUCAUACUCUUACAAAAUGUUAACAAUAAUAAUCCACUGGAUAAUUUUAAAAUAUCUGGUUUGCCAAAGGUACAAUAAAUGAUUAUCCUUUGUUUAACAACUUAUUUUAUAAUUUAUACAAAUAGUGCAUAUAUUGCUUCAGCUGUAGGAUAAUCAACACAAUAACAAUAAAGACGAAUUAAUGUUGACUACUUUACAAAUACAAACUGCUUUUAUGAAUUGAAUGGAUCGUCAGAAGAACUUGUUGCUAACCGUCUUUUAUUAAGACACUUAAAGGCUUCAAAAUGAAUCCGAGGAGUAUCGGAUCAUCUCCCUCCUCCUGUCCUAACCACCAAACUCUCCUCAAGCAUCUGAGCUCGCUCUCCUUUUCCAAGUCCCUUCAUCCUGUGUGCUAAGCUAAGCUAAGCUAAGCUAACUGUGUCCUGGCUGUAGCUUUCUACUCUUCUAAAUAGGACCAUUGGUCAUAGUCGGUGUCCAUAAAUGUGUAUUUUCCCACAGCAGUUAUCCAGAGCGACGUAUUGAUCUGACUUCUUCUCUAAAAUGUUGAUGUUCGACAUUAUUCGGCCACGUAAAAGGCUUGAAGGAGAAACAAUACGAUUAGAAAAGAAAACCAGCGUGAGAAGAAUCAGACUGACGCCAUGACAGCUUUCCUUCUAACGGGCCGGUUUGCUGUUAGCGUUUGUUGGUACUCAAUGUGUCGUGUACCGCUUUACUCAAUCUCAAAAAUCUUGCUUUGAUCAUUUCGAUUUUGCAUUGCAGCCUCCCGUCAGCCAAUCAGAUUAAGCCCCUCUCCCCCCCCACUCACCCGGCCAAUCAACAGGCUCCCUCCCUGAAGCGAGCAAGCCUCCUUUACGCAAUGAUGUGUCUAUUUACAUUGACGAUUGUUAUCUAUAAAUACAAAUAUAACAUGUAAAUGUGCCGCUAGCUUAGAUCUAAUUUCAUAUGAUGACACAGCUGUGUGUGUGUGUGUGUGUGUCUGUGUGUGUGCGAGAGACUGAUGUCGGGACACUUUUGCGGCCAUGUGAUUUUGUAUUUGUAUAAUUUGUGUAACAAGAGAUGCCUCAGUUUGGUUUAACUUUGUAAAGACGAGUGUGUGUGUGUGUGUGUGUGUGUGUGUCAUAUGGAGUAUUAUUAGCCACACCUCCACCUGCUUCCUGUGGUCCGCUGGUACCUGGUUCGUACCACUGUACUGUACUGUUAUUAUGUGAUGAGAACACAGCUCAGUGCAUCCUCUGUGGCGAAUAACGUCUUAAUUAUCGUCCAACUUUGCUUUUAUCUUUCACCGGGGACACAAACAGCGUCUCCUGUGUGAAAGCUGUCAGUAUUAAGGUUUCUACGGUGGGACCUUAUUUGAGAAAGAAAAUAACGUAUACAUGCACACGUGUACGGCACCACGCGGACAUAGCUUGUGAUCCCGCUUGAUGUGCGAUCACACGUGUGAUCAAGACAAACAUCAAAUGGGUAUUUCACGGCUACUGAAAUACUUUGGUUUUUUUGUCGUUUCGAUUGAUAUUUGCAGCCGCCUUUUUUUUUUUCUCCAUGCAACAUCCAAUUCAAAAACUACUAUUUAAGACUAAAUUCAAUAUUUACUCUUUAGAUUUGAUGUGCCAAAAACGGGAUUGCAUGAAGUGAAAUAUGAUCAGGCGGAGCUCAACAUGAAUGUGAAGUAGUCCAGCAGUUCUCUGAGCUGUGUGAAAUUAAUGGAUAAUGUAAUUUUAUUUAGACAGAAAGGGUCACAUGUGCUCGCUUGUGUAAUAUAAAUCUAUUCAACAUUUCUAUAUGAUGUUCAUGUAAAAGUCCUUUUCUCCAGUCUGACAGUUAUGCUUUUCUUUUCUUUCUUUUUUUUUGUUUUCAAUAUUGUUAGGCUCCUAGAACAAAAACAAUGUACUUAUUUUUGUUACAUAGAAUAAAACACAUGGAUGUCGAGA